GACCUCCCCGGCGCCCCUUUCAGUCAUGGCCAUUCUCGCUAAGUUGUUGGUCCUCGGUCUUGCGGCCCUCUCGGCUGCUCAGGCGGCCAGGGUCGUCUGCUACUGGAACGGAAAGUCAUUCUGGAGAGAAGGUACAGCCAAGGUGACGGUUGAAGAGCUCAAAGACGGCCUCUCCUACUGCACACACCUCGUCUACGGUUUCGCCGCCCUCGACGACGACGACUACCAUCUCAAGCCUGUCGACAAGAAGCUCGACCUCGACAAGGGCAAAGGUCAAUACAGGCUCUUGACCACGCUCAAGAAGAACUACCCUGGGAUGCAAAUCCUCCUAUCAGUGGGCGGCAACCAGGACACCGAGGAUGUCAAGAAAUACCUCGAAGUGCUCGAAAAAGAACAAUACAGGAACAAUUUUGUCUCGACGGCAACCGCCUUGGUACGUGAGUUCAACUUCGACGGUCUGGACCUCGCCUGGCAGUUCCCACCCAAGCACGAGAAAUACGAAACGACAUCGCUCAGCUCGAUCUGGCAUAAGAUAAAGAAGACGGUCGGCUACGGGGUCGACACCAAGGAGGCAGAGCACAAGAUCCAGUUCACCUCCCUGGUCAAGGAGCUUAAAGCAUCCCUAGCCGGGAAACUCCUCACCCUCGGAGUCCUCCCUCACGUCGAACAACAAGUUUACUACGACGUCAAAACUUUGAUGCCGUACGUCGACAUGAUCAACCUGUGGACGGUCGACUACAGGACGCCGGAGCGUUCCCCCCAGAAGGCCGACUACGCCACGCCUCUUCAUUACAUGUACCCGAGGCUGGAAUUCCAGAACGUGGAACACACCGUCAACAAAUGGCUUCAGAGUGGUGCAGACCCUAACAAGUUGAACCUGGGCAUCAGCACCUGGGCUAGGACCUGGAAGCUGAAUGAAGAUUCAGGACUGUCUGGAGUUCCUCCUCUGGUCGCAGACGGACCUGGAGACAAGGGACCUUACACCAAGACUGAAGGCCUACUCGCAUAUUACGAAGUGUGCGUCAAGUUAGUUUCGCCGACCAACCCCAAUGCGCCCGCCACCCUCCUGAGGCGGGUCGAAGACACUACGAACAAGAUGGGCUCGUAUGGAGUCAGGCUGCCGAACAAGAAAGCAGGCGAGGAUGAAGGGCUUUGGGUGACUUUCGAGGAGCCGACCACGGCCGGGCAAAAGGCUCUGUACGCGAAGAUGCGAGGCCUGGGUGGUGUAGCCGUCCUCGACGUCGGGCUCGACGACCCGAGGGGCGUCUGCGACGGAAGCAAGUUCCCGUUGACAAGGGCGGCGAAGCUCAACCUGUAAAUUUGCGACGCAUCCUUGGGGUACACACAGCAGACCCAGGUGCUUCCAGUUCCCGGACAAACGCUCUACCAACCCUCGGCCAAUUCGACUCAGACAGCCCGGAACUUCAGCCAACCCCCUAAUUAUUUUCAUUUGUAAAUAAGCAAAAUUAACUAGUUUAAAUAAAUAAUUUUUUU